AUGGGAUCAUCCCAGUGUUGUUGAGUACUUCGAAAAAUUGACACAAAACCUUCAGUCGGCUUGGAUAUAAGAGACAGCUAUCAUAGUAAUGGAUCUUGUUUUACUCAGGCGCCUCUCCAGCUGGCUAGAGACUAUGAAGAAUUAGUGUUCUAUGAGACAUUAAUUGCUCAAACUCAAAGAAUAUUUGAACUCUACAGCGAACUUGAAAGCUCUGAUUAUCCAUUAAGAGUCUCUCAAAUCAAUAAAGUACUCGGAAUCGUAAAUGAGCACAUGGAACGCUCUAAAUGGAAGUACCAAGGAGCAUACCCUGACGAUUACAAGAUAAGAUACAUUGAUAUGGGUGCUACUGUCAGCACUCUUCUUCAAGAAUGUCAUCAAAUUAUUUCAAAAUCAAAAGAAAAUAUGAUGAUGCCAGAAACCCCUCAUGGACUAGGUCUUCCUCCUGAGAUGGCUAAAAAGUUAAAAUUUGAAGAAGAUAUUCUAUAUGAGUCCCUGAAGCUCGAUACUGACAUCUGUACAGAGCUCUACACCAAGAUAGUUAGCGGGUAUAUAAAUCAAGGCAGAAAUAUUGAUUUUAUUGAUCUUCAAAGCAAGGAUGAGGGAGAGUAUCUAAAGCAAAGCUCUACCUUAACUCAAGCUGGCUCAUACAACUUCUUUAUUGACAAUGUGCCAGCUCUCACUAGAAGGAGCAAGUUGCUCUUGAAGGACUGUUUCCCAGCCAAGACGGAGAGAUUUAGAUUUAACGGAAGAAAUGAUAACUUGCUCGAUAUUAGCUUCUACCUCAAAGAUAUCACUAGUGUUAGCCAUAGAGUAAUGAGAGAAGUUCACAUAUGAAAUUUCUCCAUCAAUGAAAUACAGUUAAAGAAACUUCUAUUUGCUUACAGGUUGAUCAAAGGGUUCAUGCUCAAAGAAUGCAAGGUGAUGACACCCACAGUCCCUGACCUAGAUAAGGCUCUGAAGGGAUGUGCAAUAGAGCAUCUAGAUUUCGAAUUUUGAGGGCUCCCAAAACUGAGUGAUUGGGAUAACAACUUACACCAAUUUGAAAACCUUAUAUAUGGACUUUCCAAAACUGACAUGAUACGAAGCUUGGAUAGAAUUAGUGUGGGAUGAUGUAACAUUAGUGAGAAAUAUAUCAAGCAGCGGCUCGAUAAAUAUGGCUUCAGCAGAGUCAAAAUUCAGGGGUUCUAUUAAGGUGAAAAUUCUCAAUAUUUUAUAAUAUUUUG